UUCGCUCUUCAGUAGCCUGCCUAUUCCUACACUGACGACACAAUAAAGACCUUGAAGGGUCCUUUCAGAGAAUAUACCCACAAAUGGGCAAUAAGAGUCCUUUAGUGUAAUUCACUGAUCUUUGCCAACCGACCCUCAUUCUCAAUCCUUUGUUGUUUUGCAGCAUCACCAAACAAAAAGGUUUCCCAUCUUCCAUCUUUGAGCGUUUUUGAAGGAAAGGUCGAAGAAAAUGGCAGCAAUUCCAUCUACCGGCUCUCUCAUCGCCACCCAUGAUUACUACAGAAGGCGCAUAGGAUCCACCUCUAGCAACAGCUCUUGUGGCAGUUCUGAGUAUGCUGGCGAAGUCAUUCCACACCCCCCAGGUCUGCAGAGACAGGACUCUGGUCACUGGUGGUCUUCUUUCUUCUUUGCAAACAAACAGAACCAGCCUGGCAGCAUGGUUGGAUCUGAACAGAAGAGUGGAACGUACACGGUGAACAACGGUCAGGUGACUUGUAUUGCCAGGGAGAUGGUGUUGAAGAGGCAGCUCAGUGAAAGCAGUGACUCUGGGAAGAUGGAACAUGGGAGCCCACCACCCUCCUAACUCCUUCUCCUCAACAUCCCACUCCUCACCACCCCAUGGAGAUGGAGGCAGCGGAGACUACUUUUUUUUACAUUUUAGUGAUGGAGGCUGCAUUUCCUCCCUCUUUGUUUAUAAAUAAUAUAUUAUAUCUUUUUAUAAUUAAAGACUAAAAAAGCCAUUUUUUUCCCCAAAUGUCUGUCUGAUAUCAUGCUUUUUGCUGUUAAAUAAAUCAAAGUAUUUAAUACAUUUUUCUUGAAUUGUAUUUAAAGUCCCUAAAUAUAUAUUUUAGUCUAUAUAAAGUUUACACACAGAAAAGAUUAGGGCAGAAAUUGCUCUCUAGUUAUUUCACCUGAUUAGCCUAGUUAGUGAGAAAGUGUAGUUUAUAAUAACUUACUCUAUAACAAGAGUGAAUAUUCCUAUAACUAAUAGCCACUAUAUUGAACAUGUGAAAUGGCCAUGGCUCUGAAAGAGGGUAGACAGACUUUAGAAGGAGCAGUUCUGGCAUCCACAAUAUGUAACCCGAUAACAAUCCUGAGAUCUCCAUUGUCAGGUUUGUUCAUGUCAUUACUGAUGUGUAGAAUCUGUAUUACAACGUGUUGAUGUACUUGCUGAAUGGAAUGAACCCGGUUAGGCUGCAAUGUGAUUAGCAACAGCUAAUUUAUAAAGACGAUGGCUCAUAUAAUACAUUACACCUGUUCUGUUCUGAAAUAUAUAUCAACCAACUGUGGAACAUUCUGCAUUACUCCAGUCAUAUUGUUUUGUACAAUCUCUUGGGAAUAAAAGUGAAUGUCAACUAUA